CAUAUCAAAGUUAAAAAGAAACAUUCCAAUAUUUGCUUUCAUAGAGUUAGGGUGAGCAGUGGGAUUGUCUUGGCCUUGAGUCUUACAGUAGGAAAUGGUAUAACAAGCAGCAUUCAUAUUUUGUGUUUUGUACAGUAUGGGAAGCAAUUAUAUAUAAAUUAUCAAGAAGCUCUGAAAAGGACAGAAUCAGCAUAUGAUUGGACAUCCCUAUCCAGUUCCAGUAUUAAGUCUGGAUCCAGCUCAUCUAGUUUACCAGAAUCUCAGUCCAACCACUCAAAUCAAUCUGACAGUGGAGUUUCAGACACCCAAACAGGACAUGUCCGUUCCCAAAGUAUCGUUAGCUCCAUCUUUUCAGAAGCUUGGAAGAGGGGAACUCAGUUGGAAGAGUCGAGCAAGAUUAACGCUCGAAUGGACUCAAUAAACCGACCUUUCACUUCACUUGUAUCGCCUUUAUCUCCACAAACUAAAACAGCUACUCCAUAUUCAGCAUCACAACCAUCACCUCCACUUCCACCUCCUCCACCUCCCCCACCUCCACCGCCGCCUCCUCCUCCACCCCCACCUCCUCCACCUCUUCCUGGUCAGUCCGUGCCCUCUGGAACCAGCUCGGCAACGGUCUUUGUGAAAUAUAGCACUAUAACAAGACUACAGAAUGCCUCUCAGCAUGGUGGGCUUCUCUACAAGUCACCUAUCACAAUGCAGCAGCCACCAUCCCCGCUCCCGCCUCCAGGAAAACCUCAGAUUUUAGUACCGCCAAAUGGUAUAGUCCCACCCCCGCCUCCUCCGCCUCCUCCCCCUACCCCAGGAUCAGCAAUGGCACAGCUCAUGAAACCUGUGCCUUCCAAUCCAUCAGUACCACAUUUCACACCGCCACCUCCUCCUGCUCCCCCUCUCAAAAUUCAUCAAGUUCACCAGAACAUUCUUCAGUCUUCAACUUUGCCGCCUCCGCCACCUUCGGGGCCAGCACCUCCCCCUCCACAGGCUCCUCCUAAGCCUACUAUGACUCUCCCUACCCAAAACAACGCAAAAUCUAUAUCGGCAGUGGUGACACAUCCAGUGCCACCACUUCCUGUUCCUUCAGCGGUAAAGAAGCAGCCAAAUUUCACCGCCCCACAAAUCCCGUUAUCUCCCGCUUCACUAGGUCCAUCUCCUCCACCUACUCUGCCCAAGCAGCAGAAUCACGCUAGUAAGCUUCCUCCCUCUCCACAGUCUCCUGUGCCAUCCGUUGUGAAGCAAAUAGCCAGCCAGUUUCCCCCUCCUCCCAUGCCAGCUUCAGAGCCCCAGCCUUUAAAACCUGUCCCUCUGAGUGUACCACCUCCGUCUCCUCCAGCCGUAAAAGCCAAGCCAAAAUGGCAGCCAACCUCUGCUCCAUCCCCUGAUUUUCCUCCUCCACCCCCUGAAAGUAGCCUAGCGUUUCCUCCUCCGCCUUCUCCUUCUUCUUCUCCAUUGAUAGUGUCCCCUACACCAGAUAAGUCAGGAGGUUCUCCAGUCAAAAAAGGUAGUAAGACUUCCAGUCCAGGAGCGAAAAAGCCGCCUCCUACACCUCAGCGAAAUUCCAGUAUAAAAUCAAACAGUUCAAUUGAGUCCAGUGAACCUAAGAGACCUUCAGUGGAUGUCUUAGUUAGCAAGUUUGCACAUCCCCCGGAGCCCUCCGGAUCUCCUGGCAAGGAAUCCCCAACUCCACCUGCCGCUCCUCCAAAGCCAGGGAAGCUCUGCCUGCCAAUCGUCCUUCAGCAGGCAGGUAUUUCAACAAAAGCACCUGCCACAGGAGCCCUAGGCAAGGGUGCUGCCGAGGAAUUUCCUUCUCCUCCCUCAGAUUCAGACUUUCCCCCUCCACCGCCUGAAAUCGACCUUCCUUUACCUCCCGUAGAAAUUCCCGCUGUCUUUUCAGGCAAUACCUCGCCAAAGGUUGCUGUCGUCAAUCCCCAACCUCAGCCGUGGUCUAAGUCAUCCGGGAAGAAAGCUCCCCCUCCAACACGCCCCAAACGCAACGACAGCACCCGUCUCACGCAAGCAGAAAUGGCGGAGUCGCAGGGGGUUGUCAGCGCACAAGUGCCCACCUCGCCCAAGUCCGGCCUUAGCGUUCAGCCUGGUUUCCUGGCUGAUUUGAAUAGGACUCUGCAGCGUAAGUCCAUCACUCGACAUAGCUCCCUCUCCUCUGCCCGGAUAUCCAGAGCUGAGCCUACUGCUACAAUGGAUGACAUGGCCUUGCCCCCACCCCCACCAGAACUUCUGACAGACAAGCAGAAGACCAGCAACUUUGGAGGUAGUCAUAUAUUAGGCUAUGCAACCUUACGGAGGGGGCCACCUCCAGCACCUCCAAAGAGGGAUCAAAACACCAAACUAUCUAGGGACUGGUGAUGUUUGGGAAGACCCUCUUUGCAUUGCCAGCAAACCCAAACCGGGACACAUCUGGUACUGAGAUUUCCUCAUCUUAAUAGCCGUGAACUGCUGAAGAAGUCUGUUUUAACAGUGGCUGUGGGUAGUGACUACGUUCACUUCCAGAAACAGCCCCUAAAGCUUUGCUUAUUUGUGUUCUGUGUAUUAGGUUGAAGGAUGGGAUGAGUACUACUUCAAAGCUCAAAUACUACAUAAGGAUUGGACCAAAAUCUUUUAACACUAUUUUUCCUGCUGUUCAGGAAAUAACUGUUGUCUGUCAGUGUGGGACAUGUGGGUUGCAUGUAUUAUAAAUGUAGGUAUAUAAUAUAUUGUGAAAUAUUUUGUUGGGAUUGUAGAGGCUCACCAGAAUGUUUUUGUACAUCUGUAUUUAUUGUUUCAGUCAACGGAGGGUUUUAUCAGAAUUUGGGUGAUGUAUUAUUAGAAAAGUCAUUUGCUUUUGAAAACAAAAAUGUCGGGGCACCUUAGAUUAUUGGAAACCUCUUUGGGGAGUUGGUGACGGGUAUGCAGGGCUGUUCGGUCUCUGCGCAGAAUCAAUUGAUUGAAAAACGCGGGCACAGUCUACCAAAACAUUCUGGUUGUAAUACUACUGAAUAGAAAUCCAUAUAGAGAAAAAGAAAAAUGUUGUGGAGUGGGGCUGCAGUUUAAGAUGCUGGGUAAUAAUGGCAUUCUGUUCUAGAAUUUUUUAAGGUGGAAAAGGCCCCUUAAAAGUAUUAUCGGAACUUUCUCCCAAAGAAACACCGGUAGGAUUGGGCUUAAACUUAAAAUGUUCCAGUCACACGUUAUAAAGUGGAAUGUGUAAGGAAUGGGACAUACCAGAAUGUUGUGCAUUGGAAACCGGAUCAUCAUUCAGCCAAACCCUCAGUGGGAUUAUUUGGACUGAUGAUGCUCGAUUUAAAUUAACAACAUUUAAUUCACUGUCACGUACAUGUCUGUUUUGGUUAAGUGAAAAUGGUGUACCAGAAGGCAUUCGAGAUAUGCUGCGGUCAUGUCUGAUCAACCAUCUCUCUUAACUGGUGCUGCUCAUCAAAUUGCCUGUGUACAAGUUUACAGGUGCGUGCAUGCAUAUCUCUCCCUCCCUCCCUCCUCUUUCCCUCCCUCCCUCCUCUUUCCCUCCCUCCCUCCCUCCCUCC